AACAAGCACUUAUUAAGUGCUUCCUGUAUGCCAGCCAUUGUGCUAAACACUGAGGAUCCAGAGAGAGGCCAAUUCCCAGUUUCUGACCCCAGGAAGCUCCCAGCCUAAUGGGGGAGACAGCAUGCAAACAACUGAGUAUAUACAAGAUACAUGCAAAGCUCUAGCACAAUGGAGGCUGAAGGUGCAAAGUCUGAGGUUAUUGUGGCUGUUGUGACAGAGCCUCAGUUUACACAGCGUUGCAGGGAAUAUCUUGAGGAGCACCAACUCCUGGAUAGGCAUCACCGUGUGAAGCAGCUGCCUGACGGCACCAUGGCGCUACCUGUUCUGGGAGAGACUGUCAGUGAGCAGCACCUAGAAGCGUUGCAGCAGCGAGGGGGCCCUGAGAGCACCUGCAGGCUGGCACAGAUCCUGAAUCCUGUUCCCUCCAAGAAAGCUCAGAGCUGUUCUCCUGCCCAGAAGCUACGUCAGGAGCUACAGUGUCUGGUGGAAGGCCAGGGGCACACUUGGUCAGCUGAGCUAGAGAAGGAUCUUCCCCACUCCUGGCAACGUCAUGGUGACCUCCUCCUCUUCAAUGAGGACAGCUUCAAAGCCGCCCUCUGGAAAAAACUGGAACCAGGUCUCUGGAAGACUGUUGCCUCUGCCCUGGGAGGCCAGCGUUUGGCAAAGCGAGGGCGCGUGUCACCAGGUGGUACGCGAGCUCCCAAAGUAAUCCUGCUGCUGGGUGCCCAUGGUUGGGUGGAGCACGUGGAUAAUGGCAUCAGGUACACGUUUGAUGUGACCCAAAGCAUGUUCUCCUUCGGAAACAUCACUGAGAAGCUGCGGGUAGCAUCAAUGGCCUGUGCUGGAGAAGUGCUGGUGGAUCUCUAUGCAGGAAUUGGUUACUUCACCUUGCCAUUCCUGAUUCAUGCAAAUGCUGCUUUCGUCCAUGCCUGUGAGUGGGAUCCUCAUGCUGCAGCAGCCCUGAGAAAGAACCUGGAGCUCAAUGGUGUCGUGGAUAGGUGCUGUAUCCACCUCGGCGAUAACAGGAAGCUGAAGUUAUGGAGCAUUGCUGACAGGGUGAACUUGGGGCUCAUUCCUAGCUCUGAAGAGGGCUGGCCCACUGCCUGCCGGGUGCUGCGUCAGGACACAGGGGGCAUCCUGCAUAUCCACCACAAUGUGGAGUCCUUCCCAGGGAAGGAGCUUCAGCUCUCCAGCAGCAUUGAGGCAGGGCAGAAGGAGCAGAGAGCUGCCAGAAGUUCGGGAAGGCAGACACUGGCAAAGAUGACCAAGCUAGAAUGGCAAAGGUGGGCUGAGGCUGUGGCUGCUCGCAUUGGAGCCUUGCUUCUGCAACUGCACGGGAAGCCAUGGGAGACCCGAAUCCUGCAUGUUCAGCGAGUGAAAUCUUAUGCUCCCCAUGUGGAUCACGUAGUCUUGGAUCUGGACUGUCGCCCCCUCUCCUGCCCUAGCGAGGGUUUUGGUAAAGCUGAGAGGAGCUGUGGCCAGGGGCCUAAGGUCUGAGGUCUGGGGUCCAGGUGGCUGGGAGUUCUGAAGUCAGCAACUUUCUUCUACUUCUUGCCCCCUGACCCCCUAACAAUGAAUCUUUUACAUUUUUAUAAGGAAUUUUUAGAGUGACUGGUUAUUAGAAUAUCUCAUUCAAGGGCUUGGUGUAAAUCUGAGAUUGAGCGCUCUAGCCACCAGAGUCUUGUCUUCUGCUCUUCUCUUCCACUAAUUGUGAUGAAUCGUCUUAUUCAUAAACCUAGCAAAGGCAAAAUAGCUUGUUGACCUGAAUGUGAUCUGCGGAGCCGUGCAGUUUGGCCUUAGCUCCAUCUGUGUGGCUGUAGACAAGCUGCUGCUCUAUUGGACUGUUGGCUUUGAGUCUCCUCAUCUCAAAGAUGGGGUUAUCUCUGAACUACCUCAUGUAGCUGUUUGUCUAAGGAGUGUGAGUUUUUAAUGAAUUUCUCAGAAACAAAAAAAUAUAUA